GUCGCAGUAGAUGCUUUCGACGUUCGCAACGUGGCAGCGGUAAUCGCACACGAGCCACGGAGCCUUGCAUUGAACGGUGUGCUGCAACGGGCCAUGGGGACAGACAGUCUCACCGCCACGAUAUCAACCCGGUUGUACUGCAUAUCGACUUGCCAAUUACUCGUUCGAGGUGCAGGGUCUGGAUUCGAGGAUUUUGCCCGAUGA